AUGGGUUGUCAAUGUUGUAAAGACGAAGAGAGUGUUAAAGAUAGAAAAUAGAGUGAGUUACCAGAUAAUUGGAAUCCUAACAGAGUCGACAUUAUUAAUAGCAAAACCAAAAUCAAAGUUGUCUAUGUCCCUGGUGAUUCCUCUAAAAUUGAUAGCUCUGUCUUUGCUGUUAGCACAAAAGGACUUUCCCCCUUAUUUUCAAAUUAGUUGAUUAACGCUGCAUAAGAAAGUUUAUAAGAUAAUCAGGGCUCAUUUGAAUAUGGAAAUUGUUAUCAAAUAAACAAUAAAGAAAAAAAGAUAUUUCUAGUGUGUAUUCCAAUGUGGAGAGGUGGUUAAUUCAAUGAAAACAAGCUUGUUGAGAUGGCCUUUAACUAAUUGGCAAAAUAAGUUAAAGAGUCAUCCUUGCAAUAAAUCGUUAUUAAUGAAGUAGGUGUUAGAUAUUUUGGGUAUCCAAGAUAGGUAAUUAUAUCAAGUUUGAUGCAUUCAUUUAAACAGUUUAUACUAGCGGAGACAUAUUUAGAAUAAAUCAUAUACACUUCAAAUGACAGAGCAACCAUAGCCUUGAUAGAAACCUAACUUAAGUCUGCUCAUCCUGAGUUGUUUUAAGAUGAGGGAAAACCAGAUAUUAAAAAAAUAGGUAAAAAGAAUGACAAUGAUGUCACCUCAGAUUUAGAAUAACCCUUAUUAGCAGAAUGA